CCUGCCGAUCACUAUAGUAAACGGAACUCUACCGAGUUUGCUAGGGUUGGACUGGUUCCGAGCUUUGGGUAUGGGAGUGACCGGGGUCCACAGGAGCGACGUCAUCCUCAGAGACGAACUACUGAAGGAGUUCGAGGACGUAUUCAAGGAUUGCCUGGGCAAGUAUGUGGGGACCCCUAUUUCUUUCAACCUCGACCCCCAAGUCGCCCCUAUCCGGUUAAAGGCUAGGAGGGUCCCAUUCACCCUAAAACCUAAAAUUGACCGAGAAUUGGACAAGUUAGUAAGCCAGGGAAUAUUAGUCCCCGUCGACCAUGCAAAAUGGGAGACACCCAUAGUAACCCCAGUCAAACCGGACGGUUCGGUCCGAAUUUGCGCUGACUACAAAGCAACGCUUAACAAAGCGUUGCAGAAAAGUGCAUACCCCGUUCCAGUGGUGCAACAUCUGCUACACUCAUUAGGGCAAGGGCAGGUCUUCGCCAAACUCGAUUUGGCCCAAGCCUACCAGCAGCUACCUGUAGAUAGCAGCACAGCUGAGGCGCAGACAAUCGUCACGCACCGUGGGGCUUUCAAAUGUACGCGACUCCAGUUCGGAGUUAGCGUGGCCCCAGGGCUCUUCCAGAACCUAAUGGAGCGAUUAUUACAGGGCCUACCAGGAGUGGUACCAUACUUCGACGAUGUAUUGGUAUCAGCUGAAAACUUAGAGGAACUCGGGGUAAAACUAAGGAAGGUGUUGGGCAUUUUUAGGUCAGCGGGGCUUAAGGUUAAGCUCAACAAAUGCCAUAUUGGGGUGAAAUCUGUAGAAUUCCUAGGAUACAGGAUAGACAGGGAAGGGAUCCACCCCACGGAGAGCAAGGUACGGGCCAUUAGAAAGGCCCCAGCCCCCAAAAAUAAAACAGAAUUACAGGCAUUCUUGGGGCUUGUUAAUUUCUAUGCGGUAUUCUUGAAGAAUAAAGCAACAGUAGCCGAGCCGCUACAUAAGUUGCUAGCAAAGAAAGCUGUGUGGUCAUGGGGAAAAGAAGAGGCUAGGGCAUUUGAGGGGGUAAAAAACCUUUUGUCCAGCGAUAGCCUCCUCAUCCAGUACAAUGGCACGUUGCCACUAGUACUAGUUUGCGACGCUUCACCAUAUGGGGUGGGGGCAGUGCUUAGCCAUAGGUUACCGAAUGGAACAGAAGCCCCUAUAGCGUAUUACUCCCGGACUAUGUCCUCUGCGGAAAGGAACUACAGCCAGUUAGAUAGGGAAGCGUUGGCCAUAGUCUCCGGGGUUAAGAAAUUUCACGAAUACUUGUUCGGACGAAAUUUCAAGAUAGUCACAGACCACAGACCCCUUCAAAGGGGUUGGCCCGCUGCGCCGGGCGAGCGUUUCAAAGACUUUGCGAAAAAACAAUCAGAACUGUCUGUUCAAGGGGGGUGUCUGUUAUGGGGGGAUAGGGUAGUUAUCCCAGAAAAAUUACGCGAAAAUGUGUUGGAACUGUUGCAUGAGGGCCACCCAGGGAUUGUGCGGAUGAAGAGUUUAGCGAGGAGUUAUGUAUGGUGGCCCUUAAUGGAUAAGGACAUCAGCGACAGGGUAGGGAAAUGCCAAUCCUGCCAAGAAUCGAGGUCGCUACCCCCUACAGCCCCAGUUAGAGAGUGGGAGAAACCCCAGGGGCCUUGGUCCAGGAUUCACAUAGAUUUUGCGGGGCCGUUCCAUGGGCAGACCUUUUUAAUUGUGGUAGAUGCCUACUCAAAAUGGUUGGAAAUAAUCCUCAUGAAAAGCACAACGGCCGAAGCAGUAAUCACAGUCCUAAGGCAUCUAUUCGUAACACACGGCCUGCCCGACACCCUAGUCUCUGACAAUGGCCCGCAAUUCACGGCAAAUCAGUUUGAGGGGUAUCUAGCGGGAGAGGGUAUCAGACAUGUCCUCUCGGCGCCUUUCCACCCGGCGACGAACGGACUUGCAGAACGUUUCGUUCGGAGCACCAAGGAAGCGCUAUCUAGGAUAAGUCCAGGCGACUGGCAAACGAAAAUAGACACUUUCCUGGCCGUCCAACAUAGGACCCCUUGUGUAACAACUGGCCGCAGCCCAGCAGAACUUUUAAUGGGCAGGAAACUCAGGUGCCCGCUAGACCGACUAAACCCAACUUAUACCCCAGACGGGUACAAGGGUAUUCAAGGAAAAACCAGGGAAAUGACAGUGGGUGACCUAGUAUGGGCACACAACUAUAGCGAGGGCCCAACAUGGUUAAAAGGGGAAAUUUUGGGCAUAACCGGACCCAAAUCAUACGUAGUAGACAUGGAGGACGGCCGGGUAUGGAAACGCCACAUAGACCAGCUAAGAAAACGUAUACCAAACAAAUUAGAAACCAAACAACCAGGCCCUGACUACCAAUUGUUU